GCACGACGUUGCCGCCAGCACACUUCUCUCUCUACAUUUCAUUACGCUCUAAAACUUGCUCUCAGCAACUUGACGUGCUGAUUUUGCAUGGCCAGACAUUGGCUCUUGGUUCUUUCUCCCCCGCAAUCACGCGGUAUUUGCUCCCUUUAUCUGUCAAUAAAGCUCACUGUGAGUCCCCUGCGCUUGCCUGUCACAGCAUCAUCGUUUCUUUCCUGUACAAGCUGAUUCCAGCAAACCUGGAGGGUGUUAGCGAGGGGAAGAUAGAGUGUAUGUGCGUAAUACUGGAGGCAUGUGGUCCGCACAUGGAGAAAAAGAAGAAUCUCAGUGUCUUCUUCAAGCGCAUGGAAAAAAGUAUCGCGCAGGUAACGUCCGCGAGUAUCCGUUCCAGGAUGGAAGAGAUCCUUGUCUGGAAGUCUAACAAAUGCAUUCCACGCAAGACCACCAAGACUACUACGGUCAUCUUUGACCCGGAGACCGCUAAGCAGAAGAAAAAGCACGAAAUUGCAAGUCGACGCGAUUAUGUUAUCGUAUUAGUUUUGCUUGUUCGAAAAACUUCUGCUUUCCAGCCAAAAAUGUCAAACGAAGGACAGACACCGCGGGACGACAAUCACCAGCGAAAACCGGGCAUGCCUAGCUCGGUACAGAAGCAGCGGCAACCCGAUAUGCCCAUUCCUACCAGCGAGAACGCUUGGAAGCCUAGUAUGAAAAGUGCUAAAAGCCGGGACGAAAAUGAAAAAGUUCUCCUGGACGUGACCGCCCUACUCAACAGACUGUCACCCAGCAACUAUGCCGAGUUAAUCGAGGAUAUGAAGCGGAUGCCGUUCAACGACACAGCGGAUCGAUUGCUUUCCACAGUCGGAUUAAUUGUCGAUAAAGCGCUGGAGGAAGAAAAUUAUUUUUACACGGAAUCAUAUGCCAGGAUGUGCCGCGAUUUUAUGAAUGUGGAAGCCAAAGAUGCCAAUGGUCAGCAGGCCCAAUUCCUUACCAUUGUACUGCAGCAGUCGCAGAUGUAUUUCGAAAACACGGAAAAAGAAGUGGAAGAGGCUGAGAGCGAAAAGGAUCCGGAAGCACUGCAAGAGCAACGUGACCGUGCCAAACGCCACUACCUCGGAAACAUUCGGUUUAUAUCCGAGUUGUAUAAGGUGGACAUGUUGACCGACGGAAUAAUCCUUAGCUGCAUCCAAAAGCUGCUUCCAAGAAUAGAAUGCCUGUGCAAGCUCCUGCAGUCGUGUGGUGUCAAAAUAAAAGAUCAGUGACCAUUGCUUCUUCAGAAACUGGUGGAAGGCUUCUUCGAGCAGCUGCGCAAGAUGAUCGGCGCCAAAGUCACAUCGCCACGCGUCCGUUUUCUGAUGGAAGACGCCCUUGAUUUGAAGAACAACAAUUACAUUUCGCGCAAACUAUCCGCCACAAAAUCGACAGCCAGUAAGAAAGUGCGUGCCGCCGCAAGAAGGAAGGAGCAAGAGAGUAAGCUGGAGAUGACGGACGCUGAAGCGGUCUUGUUGCCGUCCCGUAAAGAGCGGCAAGCCCUUGGCGGUAGGGCCAGGGAACGCGGUGGGCUGAUCGUGCAAAGCGGCCGCGAUGUAAUCACGCUCACCUCGGCGUUUCGUUUCCCAUCACACUUGUGA